AUGAAUGCGGCAGCACACCUGGCCGCCCAGGGCUGGCGAGGAGCAGGGCAUUCUCUGCACAAGACGAGCGACGACAUUGGUCUUGCGAAGCCUCUCCUCCUAAACAGAAAAAGCGAUAAGAAGGGCAUCGGAUCUACACAACACUUUACAAGUGAUCAGUGGUGGAUGAACGCGUUUGACGAACAACUACAAGGUCUCGACACCUCGAAAGACGGCCAAGUCACGCAGACUGUCGAGACUGGCAAAAUCAACCAGUUUGAAAAAGGGUCCCUGGCCAAAUACUCUAUAUAUGCAACAUUUGUUCGAGGUGGAUUCUUGGAAGGCACACUUAAAGACGAUAAGGAAUCAUCAACGUCCGGUUCUGAAAGCGAAACCAAGGCAGAUGCGACAAAGACUGAGCGCAAAGAUAAAAAGAAGGAAACAAAGGAGGAACGCCGAAUAAGGAAAGACGACAAAAAGCGCAAGAAGCAACAAGAAGCCCUUCUAGAUGCUCUUCGACAGGCGAAAAAGGGCAGGUCGGAUGCAUCAGACGAUGCGAGCGACGCGAAGAAGCAACGGCGAGCAAAGAAAGAAGAGGCUAGACGGAAGAGGAAGGAUAAAGGAGAUAAAAGCUGA